GGACGAAACCAGUCAUAUGACCAACCGGAAGCAAUAAUUUGGGUCAAACAUGGACGUAGGAGAGCUGUUAUCGUACCAGCCUGACAAGCCAAUUGCAAACCUAAAGAAGAGAAGAGAUGAUGAUCGUCCUGAAUAUGAUAUCCCUAGAAAGAAGAGGAUGGGAGACGAUGAUGACCCUGAAAGAAUCUUGGAGAUGGCUGAAGAUGACCUUGCAACUGAUGUGUUAGAUGAGACAAAUCUAAAAAAGAUGUUGCUGCAGUUUGAAAAGAAAGUAUACCGAAAUCAAGAAAUGAGGAUCAAAUUUCCAGAUCUGCCUGAAAAGUUUAUGGAGUCUGAGAUUGAGCUGAACGAUGUCAUUCAGGAGAUGCAUGUGAUAGCCACGGUGCCCGAGUUGUACCAUGCAUUGGUGGAGUUGAACACAGUGCAGUCCCUGCUGCAGCUGCUCACACAUGAAAACACAGAUAUUGCAAUAGCUGUGGUUGACCUGAUCCAGGAACUGACAGACGUUGACACCCUCAACGAGAGCGAGGAAGGCGCAGGAGCUGUAGUGGAUGUCUUGUUGGAAGGGCAGGUGGUGGCAGUUCUGGUUCAGAAUCUUGACCGGCUCGAUGAGAAUGUGAAGGAAGAGAGUGAUGGCGUACAUAAUACCCUAGCUAUAGUAGAGAAUAUCACAGAAUUUCGAACUGAAGUGACGACAGAAGCAGCCCAGCAAGGCCUCCUACAGUGGCUGCUGAAGAGAGUCAGGGCUAAAAUGCCAUUUGAUGGAAACAAAUUGUACUCAAGUGAAAUACUGGCAAUACUCCUUCAAAAUUCUGAUGAGAACCGGCAGUUACUGGGGGAGACUGAUGGCAUCGAUGUCCUGCUUCAGCAGCUGGCUGCCUACAAGAAGCACGAUCCCAACACUAAAGAUGAGAUUGAGUAUAUGGAGAACAUGUUCAACUGCCUGUGCUCAUCCCUCAUGCUGCCAGCCAACAGAGUCAAGUUCCUCAAGGGCGAGGGUCUCCAGCUGAUGAAUCUCAUGUUAAGAGAAAAGAAGUUAUCCAGAAACAGUGCUAUCAAGGUGUUGAAUCAUGCCAUGACAGGGAACGAGGGCUUGGACAACUGCCAGAAGUUUGUGGACAUUUUGGGGCUGCGGACAGUCUUUCCCCUCUUCAUGAAGACGCCGAAACUGGCUAAGGCUGGUCCUACACCCGAUGAGCUUGAGGAACACAUCAGCUCUGUGAUUGGUUCAUUAUUACGGAACUGUUCUGGGCCACAGAGGCAGAGACUACUCAACAAAUUCACCGAAAACGAUCAUGAAAAGGUUGAGCGACUGCUUGAACUCCACUUUAAGUACCUUGAUAAAGUACGGACUUGUGAUGAACAGAUUGAAAAAGAAAAAAGGAGAAUGCGGCACACAGGUGAGGAUAUAGAUGACACUGCUGAGGAAGUGUUUUAUCUGAAGAGACUGGACGUGGGACUGUUCACCUUACAACUCAUUGACUACAUCAUGCUGGAGAUCUGCGCCACAGGGGCACCCUCCGUGAGUGGCUCGAUUCGACAAAGAGUUAUGCAAAUUCUGAACAUGAGAGGAGGUUCUAUAAAGGUGAUCAGGAACAUCAUGAGAGAAUAUGCUGGUAAUAUUGGUGAUGCUAAAGAUGAGGAGCUGAGAGAAGCAGAACAGAACAGGAUUAUUCAGCUGGUUGACAAAUUCUAAGCCAGAUGAAAGUUAAGGUCAUAUCUUGUUACCAAAGAUGGAUAGUGAGAUCUCAUCCAGCAGAUGCACAUCAACAACAUCCAUGUGUUCAAAGACUUUCAAGACCAACCAUGAACUAUCAGUCAUGGGAUGUGAUAUAUAGAAGUGUUUUCAGUGCACCUGUACUGACAGACUUUGUUCAUGUGUAAACCCAGUUUGCAGUGGGUGAAAAGAACACACAUAUCUUGAAAUCAAGGUAAAAGGCUUGUGGAUUAUGACCACCAAGGCAAUCACAGAACAGACAUCAUGGUCUUACCAUAUACGUGAUACAGUAGUGGUCCUGAUGCUUCUCGUUUUUUUCCAAAAACUGAUGAAAAGGCUCCUCUGAAAUGUCAUCUUAAACAACCUAUACGUUUCAAUUUAGUCAAUCAGGUCACUUUUAAGUAGUCAGCUCUGACUGAAUGGACCAAACUCUUCCAUUGCAGUGGAGACACAACUCCUACGAUAGUGAAAAGUUGUAAUGAUUCAUAAGCUGUUGAGGGGACUGAAUGUGUCAGACAGUUGUAUUCAUUUUCACAUUGUCAUCUUCAUUAUCACUGAAAUAAACCAUGUCUUACUUGUA